AUGAAUAAGAGGCUUCUGGUACUGCUAGUCCUAGAGAUAGUGGCAAUUCUGACGUUCUCAGCUGGAUUUUUCCCACAAAAGUCUGUCCUGCAAGGUGAUGCACAGUUCAACUAUAAACCCGAAGCACAUCGCCGCAUGGCGCCCAAGUUCGAGAAGAUGGUUCUUGUUAUUGUCGAUGCGCUGAGGUCUGAUUUUGUAUUCCAAAAAGAUAUGAGUGAGUUCGGGUUUUUGCACAAGCUAUUGAAUAAAGGACAUGCUUGGGGCUACACGGCUUACUCGAAUCCGCCCACCGUCACGCUUCCAAGAUUGAAGGGGAUAACUACUGGCUCUACACCCAAUUUUCUUGAUGCGAUAUUGAACGUGGCUGAAGAUGACGUUUCAUCCAAUUUGAAAGAGCAGGACUCGUGGCUGCGACAGUUCCGUAUGCACCAAAAGAAGAUAAAGUUUUUUGGCGAUGAUACCUGGCUGAAGCUGUUUCCGUCAGAGUUCUUCGAUGAGACUGACGGAACCAAUUCAUUUUUUGUGAGUGACUUCGAGGAAGUUGACUUAAAUGUAACUAGACACCUUCCGCAGCAGUUACAAUCUCAAGAUUCUUGGGAUGUACUCAUCUUACACUACUUAGGGCUUGAUCACAUAGGACACAAAGGUGGGGCGUUUUCAAGUUUCAUGCCUCCCAAGCACCGCGAGAUGGAUGCUGUUAUCGAGCAAAUCUAUAACGCUGUGGGUGAGGAUACUUUGAUUUGCGUGAUGGGUGACCACGGAAUGAAUGACUUAGGCAACCACGGGGGAUCAUCUGCGGGCGAAACUUCUGCAGCACUGGUCUUUAUAUCGAAGUUGCUUGAGAAAUAUGAAAAACCCUUAGCUCAGCAGGGCCAAGAUAUCCCCGUGGCCUCCAGCAGCCCAGAAUACAACUACUUGACUAAAGUCAACCAAAUAGAUUUUGUGCCAACCAUAGCAACACUAUUCAAUUUACCUGUUCCCAAGAACAGCAUUGGCGUCUUAAUACCUGACUUUUUGAAGCUGCUAUCCCCAGCAGACGCCAAAACUAAAGUGAUAGAUAAUUAUCAGCAGCUUUUAAGCAUUUCUGGUGGGUCAACCAAAAAACUCGGCGACCCUGACGCUAUUAUCGAAGAGAUGAGGGAGGUUCAGAGUGACUUAGCAAAAACAGCUACAAACUACAACUAUUUGCUGUUAGGAAUUGGUUUCUUGACGCUUUUAGUUGUUUCUUCAGUAGCGCUUUUUUUUUCCUGGACUUCCUUUCCUUCAACUUUCGGCCUUUUUCUACUGCUUGGCACCUCCCUUCUCCUGAGUCUCAGCACUUUCGGGAGCAGUUUUAUUGAAGAAGAGCAUCAAAUUUGGUGGUGGACAUCGAUAGCGCUGGUCGGCUUGUCAUACAUCAGUGCACCGCGCGAGCUAGGUGACCACCUAACGGUUCUCGCUGUCCUAAGGUUAAUUCGCGGCUGGAAUAACAGCGGGCAAAAGUUUGUUUAUGAAUACACUCUCUAUGAACUGCUUAAGCAGCACUAUCAAGUUGAGUGGCUGCUGAUAACGACAACAAUAUUUGUGGUGCAAUUUCAAGGACGGGCGAAGGGUUUUUCCGCGUUUCAGUACUCUUUUCUAAUGUCUGUUCUUUGUUUGGUGUACAAAGCUACAUGGAGCAUAGUCAAUAAUGAGCAGGUGCCUGCCUGGUUGCAGCAUAUCUGCUUAAGGUCAUAUUCCAUCAUGAAGGGGGUUUCCAAGGAUCAAAUCGAUUUUAGCGAUGCUCUUGUCCCAAUGGCGAGACUUUUCUUUCAAGUCACAGCCGCUGUUAUCGCGGUAGAGGUAAUCCGCCAUCAGUUCAAGCCAAAUGGCCCCAGAUUGCUCGAAGAAAUUCAUGCCCACAUUAGCACGCUUCUGAUCCUGCAAACUUCCUCUGCAAAUAUCCCACAGUUCCUGGCUUUCCAUAUUCUUUCCAGGAAAUUAAACAGCCUAUGGUCGCGGCGCCAAUGGUCUUUCCCCGUACUCAUGACUGUAAACCUCGUUCUGCAGCACCUUUCAUUCUUCCAAUUUGGUAACACGAAUUCCAUUGCUACGGUAAGCCUUACCAACGCUUACAACGGUGUGUCGGAAAACUACAACAUAUACGUGGUGGGAGCUCUCAUGUGCGUCAGUAACUUUGCUCCUUCCAUCUACUGGUCGUUGUCGUGUCUCAAGAUCCUAUACUCAAAGAGCACACAAUCAAAGUGGGAAACAUUCUUUACUUCAAGGCUACCAUCUUUCCUCUACUACUGCUUAUUUGGUUGCUUCCUACUUGGCUCCUGCGUGAUUCUGAGGUAUCAUCUCUUCAUUUGGAGCGUGUUCAGUCCUAAAUUAUGCUACUACGUCAGCUGGAACCUUUUCAUGAAUGCAAUAAUUGCGUGGUUUUUUGAGGGCACCCUCGUAGCCCUAUUGUAA